AUGGCAUCAGAACCCUUUUUGAGCGGCGCUCUUCGCAAGAAGCUCCAGGGAUAUGUUGGUUUCGCCAACCUGCCUAACCAGGUUCACCGCAAGUCCGUCAAGAAGGGCUUCAACUUUACCAUCAUGGUCGUCGGCGAAUCUGGUCUCGGCAAGUCGACGCUUGUCAACACCUUGUUCAACGCCCCCUUGUACCCUCCCAAGGAAGUCGUUGGUCUUUCGCAGGAGAGCCCCAAGACUGUUGGCAUCCAGGUCUUGAACACGGACAUUGAGGAGAACGGCGUCCGUCUGAAGUUGAACGUUGUCGACACACCCGGCUUUGGCGACUUUAUCAACAACGAGGAGAGCUGGAAGCCCAUUUUGGAGACGAUCGAGAGCAGAUUCGACGCAUUCCUCGAGCAGGAGAACAGAGUCAACCGCAGCAAUAUCACCGAUACCCGCGUGAACGCCUGCUUGUACUUUAUCGCCCCCACAGGCCACUCGCUCAAGGCGCUCGACAUUGAGUUCAUGAAGCGUCUUCACAACAAGGUCAACCUGAUCCCCGUCAUUGCCAAGUCUGACACCAUGACCAACGAGGAAGUUGCCGCCUUCAAGGAGCGUAUUCUGUUGGAUAUUGCUCACCACAACAUCAAGAUCUACCACGCCCAGCAUUACGACUGUGACGACCAGGAGACCAUCAACGAGACCAAGGACGUCAUGAGCAAGGUCCCAUUCGCAAUUGUGGGAUCGGACAAGGGGGUCGAGACAUCGGACGGCCGUGUGGUCCGAGGCCGCAGCUACCCCUGGGGCACAAUCGAGGUCGACAACGAGGACCACUGCGAUUUCGUCAAGCUUCGCCAGAUGCUCGUCCGGACCCACAUGGAGGAGCUCCGCGAGUUCACAAACGACAUCCACUACGAGAACUACCGUACCGAGAAGCUCGUCGGAUUGGGUUACCAACAGGACCAGACUGUCUUCCGUGAGAUUGACCCACUUGCCAAGUUGGCCGAGGAGCGUGCGUUGCAUGAGGCCAAGCUGGUCAAGAUGGAACAGGAUAUGAAGCAUGUCUUCCAGCAGAAGGUUCAGGAGAAGGAGGCCAAGUUGACACAGUCAGAGGCCGAGUUGUAUGCGAAGCAUAAGGAGAUGAAGGAUGCGUUGGAGAAGCAGAGACUGGAGUUGGAGGAUAAGAAGAGGCGGAUUGAGCAGGGCCGUCCCCUCACGCCGGAGAAGAAGAAGAAGGGCUUUGGAUUCGCCAACAAGUAA